UUGUCGCAGUUGCUAUUCUUUACUAAACAAUAAUGAGCAAAUAAAUUUUUUCACUAUUUUUAUAACUUAUAUUUAAAAAUUUAAUUAAUAUUUUGGAGAAUCCUAUUACCUUCACCAGCUAUUUAUUUUGAUAAUGUGAUAGUAAGUGAACCGAUGGCUUCAAAUGUGCAAGGCUCUUCUUUCACUCAACAAACAUUUGUUGAGGAAAUUGAUUACAAUGAGAUUCAGGAAUUACAGGUGGUAGGUAAAGGAGCUUUUGGUGUCGUAUGGAAGGGUCUUUGGAGGAAUACAUUUGUUGCUGUAAAGCACAUUAAUUCCGAGGCAGAAAAACGUCAAUUCGCAAUUGAAGUGCGACAAUUGUCUCGAGUUUCUCAUCCUAAUAUUGUGCAGUUGUAUGGAGCAUGUACACAAGGUGCUCACGUGUGUCUUGUUAUGGAGUAUGCUGAAGGGGGCUCAUUAUACAAUGUUCUUCAUGUCCGGCCAAAACCGAAAUAUACUGCGGCUCAUGCUAUGAGUUGGGCAAGACAGUGCUCAGAGGGUGUGGCAUAUCUACAUGCUAUGAAGCCAAAGCCAUUAAUUCACAGGGAUCUUAAACCUCCAAACUUACUAUUAGUUGCAGGAGGAAAGAAAUUGAAAAUUUGUGAUUUUGGCACUGCUGCUGAUAAAGCCACAUACAUGACUAAUAAUCAAGGUAGUGCUGCUUGGAUGGCACCAGAGGUAUUUGAGGGAUCUUCUUACACAGAAAAAUGUGAUGUGUUUUCAUGGGGAAUUAUUUUAUGGGAAGUUUUAUCCAGAAGAAAGCCAUUUGAAGAAGGAGGCACAGCAUAUAGGAUAAUGUGGGCAGUUCAUACAGGGGAGCGGCCUAAUUUAAUAGAAGGGUGUCCGGAACCCAUAGAGCAAUUAAUGACUCAGUGUUGGCAUAAAGUUCCUUCAGAGAGACCCAGCAUGGCCAAGGUUGUAGAGAUUAUGAAAGCACUAUGCGAAUUUUUUCCCGGCGCCGAUACUCCAAUCAACUAUGAUGACCUGGAAGCAGACGAGGAAGAAUACUCUGACGACUACAUGAUCUACGACAGUCGGGAGAGCUAUGACACAGACACUGAGAAUAUGACACAAGCCCACAAUCCCAUAUUUUCAAAUGAAUCAAAUUCAAUAAGGAAUACAGGGAAACUCUCCCCUCGGCCUAGAAGCUUUGUAGAGAGCCAAGUGAAUAGAUUACAGGUGUUAAUGGAACCAAAGCCUACAGUGUCUGAUUUGAAACCAAAAAAGCCAGAGUUGUUAGAACCAGGUCGACUGGCAAAAUUGAACUCCCCCGGAUCCGAGAGGUGUAUGCCUAGUGAAGGAAGUACUCCUCAGGACACAUUAAGAGUGUUUCGGAGUCCCAAUAUUUUUAGUGAAUCCUCUACUCCUCGGGGGCCAUCGCCCAUCGUUAAUUAUAAUAUUGGGAAUAUGAAUCCGAGGCAUAUUGACAUUGAGCAGUAUUGGAAUAGGGAGAAUGAUAAGUCUCCAGCGAGGACACCCUCAGCUAUUAGCACAAAUUCGUCUCGUAAAGAGGAUUAUAACCAGAAUUACUGUGAUAAAUUGAGUGCGGCAAAUAGUCCUAUGACUCCGAUAAGGGAAUACAAUGGGAAUGUGGGUGAUACAAGAUAUCAGACACCAUUGCAAAUUGAUGUUGAUCCUAACUCCUGGGAAUUGCGGGAAGGACUUCAAGAUAUUGACGGCUACGUUGAAGUGAGACACACUGGCGGACUUGACAAGUUUAUGCCGAUUGGUAACAGCAGUAGUUCGGGCGCGGAAGGCGCGGCCCCAGCAACCGAACCUGACCCAGAUCUUGAUUCUAUGCACAUGAUGCUGGACCCACACUUAAGGCCUAUCUCGCCUGACCUCACAAACGAAGAAUCCAAGCGGAUAUUUGAGGAGCACAAGCAGUUGGCGCAGGAGUAUCUCAAGAUACAAACAGAGCUAGCGUACUUGAGCAAACACAAAUCGGAGCUCGAAGAAAAAAUGGAUGAUGAAGAGUUGCGACAAAAAAGAGAGAUCAUACAACUUGAGAAUGAAAAGGAUUCGUUAAUUAAACUUUAUUGUACAUUGAAAAAUCAAGUGACUCGAGCGGAAAAUGAAAGCUGGCUUCUGGGAGAGGAUGCGCCGCACCAGUGACGUCACACGACCCUGACGUCACGUGACGCCGCGGACCACACGCAUUUGUCCAAUUAGGUCAAUUGUCAUUUUGAUUUUUGGCAUGGAAUACUUUCGGAAAACGUUUGAGAUUUAUAGAGACGCCAUUUUGUAAGUUAUAGUUACCGUUGAAUUAUUUUUUUCAAGGUUUUCUCACAUUACAAUAGAUGGAAAAGUUUUAGUACUUUUUAUGUGUUAAAACUUUACAAAAUGGUACUGUGGUGCGUUUUUUUUAAUUUUACUUUCUUUUACAUAAUGCUAAUUUUGGUUUACGAGAGUAUAUGUAAUUAAACUUUAAACGCGUAUUUAGUACUGAAGGUUUACGCGUUUCGUAUUAAAUACUAAAUCUAGUCAAACUGGACUUUAGUACUUAGAGGUUAUCUAGUCUCGAUGCGUGUGAUCGCGGUGACUGCGAAAGACUUAGAGUACAUCGUUACUACAUUGAUCUCAAGUCGCCGAACGAGUUUUUCAUUAUAUUAUAGGCAUAGCUAAACAGAAUUUUCAUAAUUAACGAUUUAAAGCUGUAGAGCACCAACACGGCCACAAAAGAAAAAAAGAAAAGAAAUAAGUUUAACAAAAAUAGUAUAAAUAUAAUAAGUAUAGGUGCGGACGGCGUUCACAAACAAUGCUUUUAAUUGAUAAGUUUAAACAAGGUUUACAUAACAUGAUUGAUUUAAUUUAUUCGAAAUAGUAGAGGAUAGGAUUUUCUAAAUCGCGAGUGACGUCAUUGACAAAUUUUCUCAGAAAUAGUUGCACGUCCUUCGUGUAUAAUUCGAUAUUUUAUUUAUCUAUACUAUUAUCUAAAUAAUCUUUAUAAGAUUUGAUGUUUUUGUAAAUAAAAAAAUUGUUUGAUGAUGAUUUUAAUGAUUAUAAUGUGAAGGAUAGUGCCUGCUUCUAGCUAUACUCUCGGGGCGUAAUUCUGACUAUUAAUUUACUUCUAAAACUAAAAAAGGCCUCAUUGAGUGAAAUGCACAACCUUGGCUCGUAAAGUUUUAAUUAGUACUGGGAUUAUGUGCUCCGCCAAAAAUUGGUUCAUAUUUUAGUGGUAAUCUGUGGAAUAGAAAACAACAGAUACAUAAUAUUUUAAAAGAGGUUUAGAAUAUCGAAAUGCGUUGAUUAUGCGAUCUCAUUUCAAUUCAUAAGAGGAGAAAGAGAUAGAGAAUUCGAUUUUAAUAGCUAUGCCUAUACUGAUUUUAAUGUAUGGUUCCUUUUUUAAUCGCUUUACAUUUGGAAUUGAUUAAUUCCGUCGUUUUCGUUGACUCCGUUUGUUUUUUAUUUGAUUUGAAAAUUUUUGCACACAAAGGAUAAAGUUUGCACACAUAUUAAGCGUUGAAACUUAGAGUGAAGUAUGAUUCCUGUAUUAUAAAUCCUAAUACAUUUUGACGUACGGGACGUACGUAACUAAAUCUUGUUUCUGAUUUAGUUCAUUGUCAGCUUAAUUUAACUUAUUGAUUUAGUUUUUUUAUGAAUAAGGUACGUGUUUAUUACUAUUUUAUGUUAGUCAAAAAUCAUUUAUUCAUAUAGGUAACACAAUGUACACUUAUGAACGUUAAAGAAAGAAAUAUACAUGAAAUGCUUCUAAUUUUACAUUUACGGCCAGUUCUCAAAUCAAGGGUGCAGAACGGAAGAGCUAUGCUGACCUUGUGUGCAAAAAUUAUCGCAGUAGAUUUUGAAUAAAAACUAUGUUUUUACUAAUCACAAAAGCGUUCAAGAGAGCACGUUUUAGGGCUCUUUUAGCUAUGGUUCACAAUACAUGUAGAAGGCCUUGUAAACGAGUGAUUUUCGACUUUACUGAGCAACUUAGCCUGUUUACAAACCCCUCUACAUUAUUAUUAAUAUUUAAAUGAUGUAUUCGGUGUGCAUAUGAUUUUAUUAGAUUUAAUUUAGAUAUAGAUUACAUAAGUAUUGUUAAUGUUAAGUUUAAUAAAGUAUAUGGAAUUUUA